ACUACUUGUCUACUUCCAUGGCUAAAUGCAUGGUGUUCAUGUCUCUCAUAAUGCAAUAUCGAAUUAACUUGUCUUUUCAUUGCUGCAUAACAGGGGCAAUGCGCAUUCCAAGAGUACGCAUACAAGCAUGUCAUUCAGGGAGUGAAUCAAGCAGAAAACAGACAAAUAGUUUAGAAUUGAUUGCUGCUUCUGAAAGAAUAGAUUCAGAAACUGAAUUCAUUAUCUUAGCAAGUAAUGGUAUUUUUGAGGUAAUGAGGAAUCAAGAGGCAGUGGACCUCAUCAGGCACAUAGAUGAUCCUCAAGAAGCUGCCGAGUGCUUAGCAAGGGAAGCGUCAAUGAGAAUGAGCAGGAGCAAUAUUUCUUGCCUAGUUAUUCGUUUUGAUUAGUACAGGGUACAUAUUUAAUGCCUUUUGAUAUACGAUCAUAUCAGAUGAUUAACUGUAAGUCUGUAACUAGAGGUGGAUUGACGAGCAUAUGUAUAAGCAGUGAACUGUGGGUUUUCUCUCUUAAAUUUCAUAUAAUAAGAUUAAGAAACCAAGAUUUCAAUUUACCAAAAGAAUCAUGAACUAUUUUAAUUA